AUGGAUCUUUUGAUGGAUAUAGAUGGUGUCAACGAGAAUGCCUGCUGGACAUUGCCUGAAAACUUUGAUGUCCCACUUGUGACAUUCAUAGAUGAAGCCCAGGAAGAGCACAUAUUUGGCCAUGAAGACUUAUACCUCAGAAGCAUCCAGCUACACAGCAACACCCUCAUUCAACUGGAGAGGUGGUUUACAUCCUCAGGCCAGACUCGAGUCACUGUGGUUGGACCACUCAGAGCAAAGCGGUGGUUGAUGGAUAUGAUUCGGAGUGUGGGGAGCCAGCAAGCUUACCACCAGGCCCGAGGUGAAAAGAUGUUGCAUCACGUCCAGAACCAAACCCUGUCCACAGCUGACUUGGAUGACUCUUUCAGCAUGCCCGCAUACAUAUUUGUGGGAGCAAUGGAUCUUUUGAUGGAUAUAGAUGGUGUCAACGAGAAUGCCUGCUGGACAUUGCCUGAAAACUUUGAUGUCCCACUUGUGACAUUCAUAGAUGAAGCCAGGAAGAGCACAUAUUUGCUCUGUCUGCCUCAGCCUGACUUCUGA